UUAAAUUUUUGAAAUAUAAAAAUGUUAGAUAUCUUCCUGAGAAAUGUCAAAGACAAUUUUGUAGCCCCUUUUAUCAGCUUGAUACAGAAUUACAAAUUCUCACCAAAUUAUCUCACUUCAAUAGGAGGAGUAUUUGGAAUUAUCUGCACGAUAUCCGCUUCUUUGGGAUAUACUUAUGCAUCUUUUGCCCUCUGGAUGAUAAACAGAUUUUUCGAUGGUAUCGACGGAGCAUAUGCUAGGGCAACCAAGCAGACCAGUGAUUUUGGAGGGUAUUAUGACCUUGUCAUUGAUUUUUCAGCAUACUGUUUCAUCCCUAUUGGGAUAGUCUUAAACCAAAGAAAUGAAGGAGUCUACAUUGCAUCCUUAAUAAUGAUGUCAAUCAUUGUUUUAAAUAACAUUGGACUCUUUACUCUAUCAGCAAUUAUUGAGAAGAAUGAUGCUGCAGCAAAGAAAUACAAACACAAAGAAGUAACUACUCUAAAAAUGCCUCCGUCGAUUAUAGAAGGUGCAGAAACAAUGUUUUUCUACAGUGUGUUCCUCAUAUUUCCUCAAUACUCUGUCUACACCUUCAGUCUGUUUGGAUUCCUUGUCGGUGUGAACAUUGUCCAUAGGCUUUGGUGGGGUUACUGAAAUAUUAAAUCAUAAUUCAAUCAGAAUACUCUCAGAA